AUGCAGGUGGUCCAGGUUCCCCCCCAAAGCGAAGGGUCUGUACACCGAAAAGACUUCUCCUCCCCAUCGGCGGCAAGCAGAACGAAGGGGAAGAAGAACUCCAAGGAUCGGGCCAAAAAAGGAUCGCCGGCGAAGCUGAAUCCCAUCCGCCCUCUCCAAAUAUGGUCCCCGAUGAAGGACAAGAGAACAAAAUCGAAGACGAGGAUGGCGGCUCUCACGCUCCAGGAGAUUAAUGCGUGGACAGAAGCAGCUCACUCGUCCACGAAACGCACGCCAACUGAAGGAGGGAGUGAUGUUCCAGCCUCGGCUUCGGGACAGAGGGUUUCGCACGGUGACCCGCAAUCUCCAGCGGUCUAA